CUCCAAACAUCCACGCAACAAGACUUCGAGAAAGAAAUCACCCUCAGCAGCUCCGUGGAUGGAACUUCCAACAAAGCCCAAGGACGGACUCGGAUUCUUCGCGCGUCGGAGGUGUUAUUAUCGUUAGCGGGGAGGUCUGUGAAUGAUGUGUUAGACGAAGAGCCGGGGAUUGAGAACUUCCAAGAGGCACUGCGCCUUUUUCCGCCAUUUCGAGAUGAUGAUGGGUUUAUGCUUGGGACGGUGGAGGUGAAGUGUCCGGAUUGCGAGGCUGUUUUUUCAUCUGCGUAUGUCCCUCUGCUGGUUAAGAGAGUGACGGAGCUGAUGAUUGGACAGUGA